ACUCAGUGUGUGGGGUGGCUUGAUAAGGCCAUUACAUGACCAUUGACAUGGUUGCAAGUGGAAUCCACAAGGACUGGGGGCAACUUGAAAUCGCUGUACGAGUAUUCUAUAGUCGAAUAUUAUCAUUAUCACCCGGUAAUCGCUUAUCUACGGCCAAGCCCGCGCUGCACUGCCCGCCUAUCAGAGGAUCCGUCCUCGAAUCCGUUCGGUGGGCCAUCAAUGGUUCCAUCCAGUUCGCUGAUAACCGAUAGUGGCGCUUGACCGCCAGGUGACCGUUGCGACUUAAGUGUACGUACAAGUAUUCAGCUAUUCUGCGAUUUUGUCACAGUUUGGGGUCCAAUCUGGAUCGAUCCAAUAGCAGAUUUUCCUACAUGUGUUUUGGGCGUGAUGCGAUGCCUUGUUGGCUACGCCAAAGAUUAGAUGCACUCCCCGCGAUUUACGCUCAUUCAAUUAUUUUGUUGAGUCUGUCUCCGCUAUUAUCUGCUUUUCACACGGCAGCGCCGAAUCAAUUGUGCCGUAAAUAACAAAAUACCGGAAAGGUUUGACUUAAUCAAGCCGAAGAUAGGGUACCCUCAAUCGGGAUGAGAUUUGGUAAAAGUCUUCCAAGAACAUUUAAGGCGUGCAGAUAGUAAAUACUUAACCAUUUCUGAUUAAAUAGCUCGCUAAUCUUGAUCCGUUCUAACUACUAAUACAACUGUUUUCAUUUAAAUUUCUAACGGUUGCAGAUAUUUAUUUAUAUUAAAAUUAAGUUGAGUCAUUAAUUUCACAGCUUAUAGAAAAGUUAGGGAGAAUGCAAAGGCAAAUUAAAAUAAAUUACUAUGCAAUAUCAACUAUUUUUGUAUAGUAUAAAAAAGUUUCGAUUUAUUUAUCAUGUUAACAUGGUUUAAUAACUUGAUUUUUAGCUAAUCCAUUCAUAGAUUCAUUUUCCACACUAUCUUGCUCAACAGAUUUUUAGUUUUAGUUUUACACCAAGUAGGCAGGCUUAAAGAAUAAAAUAUAACUACCCAGAAUUUAAAAAUGUAUAUAAUUCCCCUUCCAAUCGCACAUUGUUGGAGAUGAUGAAGCAUUUAUUAUGGUCGGGGGACCACCUCGUUCCACAGAGCUUACAUACUUUCGAACUCACUCCCAAUCCCAAGGGCUAGCGGGCGGACUUCGCCGCAGGGCAUAGAUUCGGAUAAUUGCUGUGGAAUCACUUGAUUGCUACAACAUGUAGGAACAUGUGUUGUUGCUGGAGGCGGGCGUUUAAUUAGCUGCUUUGGCUCUCAAGUGAUUUUGGGCGCUCUCAAUGACGCUGCGCCGCCUCCUCAUAUCAUCUGUCACCUGGUUUUGUGGGUGAAACUAUGGCGAACUGAUUUACGGCUAUGACUUUCGGUGCUUGACUUUCUCGGUCGACGUCGCUGCUUUAGUUAUCGCAUGAAAAGCGAUUUUUCCAGCGUAAUAACGGUCGCGUGGCGAAUUCAGUUCGUUUCCGGCGAUCGAGAGGGAAACACCUAUAAAAACCAUAUCAAAAAAUUCAAAUUCAAAAAAAAAAUCCCUCGCCAUGUCCAAGGGAUCGGUGUUGCCACAAUAUAUUGCUGGCUUGUCGGCCAGUUUUGGUGCCCUCUGCAUGGGCGCCUCCAUCGGUUGGUCCUCGCCCGUGGAGAAUAUGAUAUCGGUGAACACGGACUACGGCUUUCCCAUUAGCUCCAGUCAGUUCGGCUGGGUAUCCUCGCUGCUGACCCUGGGCGCCACCGUGAUUUGCAUUCCCAUUGGUUUCGCCAUCGAUUGGAUCGGCAGGAGACCCACUAUGUUGGCCCUAAUUCCACCGUACAUGGUGGGCUGGGUGCUGAUGCUGUUCGCCAACAACGUGACAAUGCUCUACUUCGGACGAUUCAUACUUGGCAUGUGCGGCGGAGCCUUUUGCGUGACUGCUCCCAUGUACUGUACAGAGAUUUCAGCAACAGCACUGCGAGGCACCAUCGGAUCCUUUUUCCAGUUGCUGAUUGUGUCGGGCGUGCUGUACGGUUAUUUGGUGGGCGCCUUCCUGCCCCUGCUCACCAUCAAUAUCCUGUGCGCCAUUCUGCCCGUGAUCUUUGCCAUCGUACACUUCUUCAUGCCGGAGUCACCCGUCUACCUGGCCAUGAAGGGACGCAACGACGAUGCCGCCAAGGCCUUGCAGUGGCUGCGCGGCAAGGAUGCCGAUAUCGACGACGAGCUCAAGGAGAUCCUGGAGGAGUCCCAGAAGCAGAUUGAUAUGCCACAGGUCAACAUUCUGUCCGCCCUUCGUCGCCCCAUCGUCCUGAAGGGUCUUGGAAUCGCUGUGCUCCUGCAGGUCUUCCAGCAGUGGACGGGAAUCAACGCCAUCCUCUUCUACUCCACCUCCAUUUUUGAGGAUACGGGCUCUGGCGUAAGUGGCAGCGAUGCCACGCUUAUCAUUGGAGUCACCCAAGUGACCAGCACGCUGGUGGCCGUGGCCAUUAUCGACAAGGCUGGCCGUCGCAUCCUGCUCCUCAUUUCUGGCAUUCUGAUGGCCGUGUCCACUGCACUGAUGGGCGUGUACUUUCAGCUAAAGGAGAACGAUUCGGCGUCAAUGGACAACUUCGGUUGGCUGCCGAUCAGCAGUAUCUGCAUUUUCAUUAUAUUCUUCUCGAUUGGAUUUGGACCGGUGCCGUGGCUGGUGAUGGCGGAGCUCUUCUCGGAGGAUGUGAAGAGUGUGGCAGGAUCGAUUGCCGGCACCAGCAACUGGCUGUCGGCCUUCAUGGUCACGCUGCUCUUCCCAAUCCUCAAGAGCGCGAUCGGGCCGGGUCCAACCUUCUGGAUCUUCACCGUGAUCGCGGUCAUCGCCUUCUUCUACUCUCUGUUCUUCGUGCCGGAGACCAAGGGCAAGACGAUAAUCGAAAUCCAGGACAUGCUGUCCGGAGGAAAGGGUGUCAAGAGUGAUGACAAGAGCCAGACGUGAUGAUGUCGCGUAGUCUUAGUCAUAGCGAUACUUUUUCAUAUUCUCCUUAAGCCAAUAAGAAAAUGUUAUGUAUAAGAAGUGAAGAGCAUAAUCAAUAAAGUAGAGCCACCAUGUAUGUAUAUAAACUA